AUGAGUGUUUAAAGACUGCCUCUCGAAAAAUAGGCUACUCCACGUAAUAACAGUUCAAAACCAAUUCAACAGAUCUCAAGUACUGCAAGAACAAUUACUAAGCCACCUCUGGUUCAGCAAGAAAUGAAUCCAGAUAAUACAAUCCUAUCAUUUAUGAAAUCUUUAGAUGGUAAAUAGGCAGGUAUUCUCAAUAGAUCAAUAAGAGAUGGUGAAAAACUACAUGUAAGAACUACUUGAUAUUUUAAUUAGAAACCUUUAAUUAAACCUAGAACCUACAUUGCCUAAUAAAAAACAAUUCCAACAUCUAACGUAGAGAGAUAAAUUUUAAAUAAUCUGGAAACAAGGUAUUCUUUUUUCAUACUAACAAGAACUUAAUAGAAUACAAAAACUCCCACAAUAUGAAUAAGAAUUGGUACUACAAAUUCUAGCAUCCAUUGAAAAUGGUUAACCUAAACAUGAAGAACUUAUCUCUUUCUUCAAAAGUAAAAGAAUACAUCUUAAAAUCCAUUCGAACUAUGGUAAUAAAACAUAGGUUGGAUUAACUAGUAUUGAAUUGUUUAAUAAUAACAGAAAAUAUGUCAAAAUUAACUGCAUAUAUUCUGAUGAUGAUUCACAUAAAACUAUUAAUAAUUUGAUCAAUGGACACAAUUUAACUAUAUAUCCUGAAUAGAUGUGGAUUACUAAUUUUAAAUAAUUCCCAAUCACAAUUACAAUAUGUUAUCUACUUUAAGAAGAAUCUGAAUUUCUUACAUCUGUUAAAAUAUGGAAUUUUAAUAAAAAUAGAAAAGAGUUGGAUAAGUGUGUUUGUGAAUUAGAAAUCCUUUAGAAUGAUUAAAUAUUAUGGUCAGGUUAAAUAGCUAGAGGAGUAGCCAAUACAUUUUCAGAAUAUGCUUAAACUAUUGAAUUAGAAUCAUAACCUUAAUAAAUUAUUAAUACAAUAAAAGAAAAUGAAAUUAGAAUUAAUAAGAAUCAAAAUGAUUCUACUCAACCAUUCAAUUAAUCAUCCCAAUCCAUUAAUUCUAAGAAAUCUGAUGAAAAUAAAGAGUAAUAAUAAUUAUAUUUAUAUUUAGAAUUAAUUUAUCCAAAGCUUCUAGUUAAUAAAAACAUGCAAAACCUAAAUUAAUAUUUGAUCCUUUUGAUGAUGAUAAGAAAUUUAAAAAAUUUGAAUAAAAAUAAGAACCAUCUUCAGUCAAAACAAAAUAAACUAUUCAUUAAUAGAGAUUCUUCAAGAAAUCUAUUAAUUUAUUCUCUUAAAAAUAAUUGACUGAAGAUGAUUCAACUAGUCCAUAACUAAAUUUUAAAAGAGGAGUUGCUCAUAUUGCAGCAGGAACUAUAUCUACUCGUACUAAAAAUAUAUCAAUUCCUGAAUGUCCUUUUGGAUCUAAAUUAAUUAUUAAAUUUCUAAAAAAUUGGGGAGAUCUUUAUUCAAUUGGAUUAACAGGUAUUGAAAUCUUUGAUUAUAAUGGAAAAAAAGUUAAAAUAAAUUCAGUAUCUGGAUUUUUCAGAAAUGCUGCUGUUUUAUUUGAUGAUAAUUAUUUAACUUAAGAUGAUAAAAAUAUGUGUAUAGAAAGAAUAGAUAAAAGUAUGGAAAUUACAAUAAAGUUUAAUGAGACUAAAUUAUCAAUGAUUAGAAUUUGGAAUUAUAAUAAAGGUAGAACAUAUAGAGCUAAAUGUGUUCGUAAUAUUGAAAUAGUAUUGGAUACAGAUUCAAUAUUUAGUGGAGAAAUUAAAUAAGCUAAUGGUACAUGUGGUAUAGAUAAUGCUGAAUAUAUAAUGUUUACUAAUAAUCCAUAGAUUAUGGAAAAAAUUUAAGAAUAGGAUUGGCUUAAUAAAUUACAUGAGAGUUAAAUAUAAUAGUAGAAACAUAUUCUAGAAAAUACUGUCAAAUUAAGUAGACCAGAUACAGCAACAUUUAAUAAACCAAAAGGUGAAAUUACAGCUUAAAAGUUUGCAAAUAAUAAUCUUAAUUCUUAAUUUAAUAAAGAUUAUUAACAUUAAAAAUCAGAUUCAAUUCCAUAAAUAAUAAGAUAGGAAUCUGAAUCUAAAUUACAAUAACAUCCUAAAAGAUUAUUCUCAUCUCAAAAUUAAAUUAAUGUUAAAACUUUACCAACAGUAAAUAUAAAAGUAUUAACAUUAUAUUUAAUAAGAAAUUGGGGUGAUAAAUUUAUUGGACUUGAUAAAAUUGAUAUUCAUGAUAAAUUUGGAUAAUCAAUGAAAAUAAAGAAAUAUAAAGUUAUUACUUCUUAAUCUGAGACUGUUGUAAAUAGUGAUGAAAGAUGGUAAUUAAAUAAUGGAAAAAUAAAGAUUUAAUUUGUUUUUAUUUAACCAACUUAAAUUAGUAGAGUUGCAAUUUGGAAUUAUAAUAAAGAGGAUGAAUUAGAAAAAGGAGUAUAAAUGAUUAACAUAAAAGGAGAUAAUCAAAUUCUAAAUACUAAGUAAGGUAUCUAUUUGAGAAAAGGACAUGGAUUAAGUGAUGUUAAUGAACCUCAAUUAAUUGAAUUACCAUAUUAAAAAAGAAUAGAUACAGUUAUGGUAAAUUACUAAUUUGAAAGAAAUAUAUAUUAAGAUUAUGAAACUACACAAUUACCUUAAGGCACAAAAUUAGUUAUUAAAUUGUUAUCUACUUGGGGUGACUUACAUUAUAUUGGAUUGAAUGGAAUUGAAAUAUUUGAUCCUAAUGGAGAAUAGCUUUAUCCAAAAUUAUUUGCAAAACCAUUUUCAGUUAAAGAAUUACCUUAAAUGGAAAUGGAUGUUCGAACUCCAGAUAAAUUAUUAAAUAAUGUUAAUAUUACUUUAGAUGCUAAGUAAAUGUGGUUAUCUCCUUUCGUUAAUUCAUAUACAGAUAGAUUAAAAACGAAUAUAAAUUCGAGUAUUUUUGAUCAAAUUAGUUAUUAAGUCAACAAAUUAAUAUUACUAUUUGAUACUCCUUAAUAAAUAUCUGCCAUAUCAUUUUACAAUUAUAGUAAAACACCUGUCAGAGGAGUAAAGGAAUGUGAAAUCUCAAUUGAUGAUAAUAUUAUGUAUCAAGUAAAUUAAUUCAUUUAUUAUUAUAAGGGCUAUUUGAAUUUAUCUACUUUAACCUAAACUGUAAGAGGAAUAAUGGGCAAUAAUAAAACUACUGUUUUGUUUACAAGAGAUGAAAGAUUGAUUGAUUAAAUAGGAACUGUAGAAAUUAGAGAAAGUAUUAUUGGAUCUGAGACUCUUUUAAUAAAUGAGAAUUAAGUAAUCUUUUGUAAUAACAUAAUUAGAAAUUGAAAUAUAAUAGUAUCAAAAAUAAAGAGGUCAGACUAUAAUAAUAAGGAUUGUAUAAAGAAUUAGAUAGACCAACUACAACUUAAGUUUACUGA